AUGGACCUGAGAUUCCUCGUUUUAUCUUCAUUUCUGAUUGUGGGGGCAACACUCAGCAUCUCUCCAGCUGAACACACUGCACACUGCAAAAUCAAAUGGCUGUUUGGCAUCUCAUGCAGCAAUGUCUCUGAAAGGCUUGUGAGCCAGAUCAAAGCCUGGCAGAUCAGCAGAAGCUGUCUGUAUGCAGGAGAGCGGUGCUCCUAUGAGCUUGUGUCAUCAGCUCCCGACCUGAUCAAAGCCACGCACACAUCUCCCAGAACAAAGAAAGUCAACGACCUUCAGUUCCUUGUAGAGCAGUCCGCCAUUUGCAAAGUGACCGGAGAGGCGGUGUCUGAGUUCUCCACAGAUCCAGCUGAUAACAGCACAAACUACUGCAGCAUGCAGAACCUGAUGGACGGAAGCACGCUGAGCGACGCCGAGGGAUACAAAAAGUUCAGCAACAAGUGGAUCUGCCCUGGGUUUGAUGCUGCCAAGUGCGCCCUGCUGUAAGAGACGACCGGAUCCUGCCAGCUCCAAAUGUUGUCUCUGAGAAAUGUUUGCUUUGAACAGUGUGUUCUUCUCCAUAAACAGACUAAACUGAACUGUUUUCUCCAAAAUGUCUGCAGAAGAUAUAAUAAUAGAGUGUUUAUAACACAUAAAUUCAGUAGGAUGGACCUACAUGAAUCUUUUAACUGGUUAAUAAACAGUG